AUGUCUGGAGCUUCUGGUACCAAAUACAAGAUGUCGAUGGCCCUGCCCGUCGGAGCCAUCAUGAACUGCGCUGACAACUCUGGUGCUCGAAACCUGUACGUCAUUGCCGUCAAGGGCUGCGGUGCUCGACUUAACCGACUGCCCGCCGCUGGUGCCGGUGACAUGGUCAUGGCCACCGUCAAGAAGGGUAAGCCCGAGCUCCGAAAGAAGGUCAUGCCUGCCAUUGUUGUUCGACAGUCCAAGCCCUGGAGAAGAAAGGAUGGUGUCUACCUCUACUUCGAGGACAACGCCGGUGUCAUUGUCAACCCCAAGGGUGAGAUGAAGGGAUCCGCCAUCACCGGCCCCGUUGCCAAGGAGUGCGCCGACCUCUGGCCCCGAAUCGCCUCCAACUCUGGUGUUGUCGUUUAA